GCAAAUUCAGUUUUUGCGAUCAUAAUGCCAAGUUCAUGGUGAGGGCCACUCUAGUAGCAUUAGCAGCAUAGGCACCCUUGCGAGCACGCCCCCCCUAUAAAAUCCACCAUUGGAUCGAUCGUCCGUGCGAUCGAUAUGGAGGGUGAGACGCGGAGAGCAAGGCGUCGGUGUCGGCCGGUGCAGCUGGCCGCCGCCGCAUGUGCGCCGUUCGUCGUGCUUCUCCUAGCCGCCGCUGCCGCGGCGGCCGGCGGAGAGGCCGUGGCGGCGUGGAGGACGACGGUGGAGGACACGGUGGUGGAGGUGGCGGCGCUGCCGGCGGAGCUCGGGGGCAUGCUCCAUCGGCGCGUCUGGUCGUCCAAAGAGAGCAUUGGUAAGCACGCACUUAGUCGGGACGGUGGCCUGUGCAUCCAGGACUGCGCUGGCAAAGGUCCAGGCGACCCAUACACACCCCCUGUGACGGAGCACUGUAACCGUAGGUAUUACAACCAGGGGUGCUAGCUGAUCUGCCUUUCUGAUCGACGCCUUACCGCAGUACACUACUACUACAUUGGUUCCCCGCAUGCAUAUGACCGGAUUAAUAAAAGAGUAAAGUGCAUAGCCGGUAUCUAAACUUGUAUAACUGUGUUAUUUGAGUCCCCAAACUCUUAAAAUGCAUAUCUAAAUCUCAAAACUUAUUAAAUUGUGUCAAUCCGAUCCCAAACUGCCAUGACACCUCCAGGAUCCUACAUGGCACGCCACACGAACGAUGAUGUGGCAGCAUCACAAAUUCUACACCAACUGACAAGUGGGCCUCAAUAAAAAAGCUUUUUUUAAUAUCUUUUUCUGUUCAUUCCCAUCCUGUCCUUUCUUCGUUUCUCCUCUUUUCUUCCUACUACAUUGACCGUAGCCAUGGCCUCUGGUCGAGCUGUCUCUUUGAUGACAUGAACAGCAGUGCGUCCAUGGGCAAGAAGGCAUCGACGCGGCAGCCGCGUCGACGGAGGCGCUGCAGCGUGUGGGCAGCGACGCCAGCGCGGUGAUGGACGUGGUUGUGUCCUGGGCAUCAUCGAGGAGACUCCGGCCGGGAGCGGCGCGACUGCGUGUGGCCCGGCACGUUUACCAUGGCUCGGGGCUGUGGCGGCAGCGACAAACAUCUGCGAUGACUAGUGCGUUAACAGUGUCGACAACUUUGUGGCACUAUCGCCACUGCCAUGUUCAAGCUGGGGUCAUCGGCUAUCUACGUCUGCGUCGUUGCGCCCCAACAGGCUCACGUCCCUGCUGUCCCACUACGUUGCCAAGCUGCUCGACAUGCUACUGGUGUUGUGCAUGGUAGACGCCCUGCUCAAGAACGGCGGCAGUGGCGUUGUCGUCGCCGCGAGGGUGGCGAGGUUGGUUUGCCGUUGCGCUCGCCGUCGGCGAAGCCGUUCUGGCCGAAGCUUAGGGUUAUUGCCGCUGGCUUCGACUUCGGAAUUCGUCGCCAUCGUCGAUCGUUGUCCAAAAUUGAGGUCUCCCUCAUCUUCUCCAUGCCAAACUCCCUCCUUCCCCUCUCCUCUCCGAGCCAUCCUGCUGUCGGAGCUCACCGGCACGGUACCCGCAUGCUGCCUACCUGUUCGGCCGCCAUUGUGUCAGCACGGUGCGCCGCCGCUGAACGUCCCCGCCCAAGCCGAGAACACCUCCAGCUCCAAGUCGACGCCCUGAUGCUCCUAGGCAGCCGUGCCCAGUCGGAAGCUCGUCGGAGCGCCGCUACUUCGCAUGCCCCCGCCGCUUGUACGACAGAGAAAGAGAAGAAGAGAAAGGAAAAAAAUGAAAGGAGAAAGAGAAAAGGGUGGAAAAGAGAGUUUUAAAUGGGUCCUAUUUGUCGGCGCCAAUGUAGAGGUAUUGAUGAGGCCACAUCAGCGUCCGUGUGGCAUGCCACGUCAGCGCCACGUAGGAUGGCGGAAUGGUGGUGGCUAUGUUGGACCGGAAUGACAUACUUUAGCAAGUUCUGGGACUUGAAUCUGUAUUUUUUGAUUUCGGAGACCCAGAUGGCACAACGAUACAAGUUUAGGGACCGGGUGUGUAGUUUACUCUUAAUAAAACCACACGCAUGCACAGCAGCACAAGGCGGGCCGUGCAGCUUAAUUAUAUUAACCGUCUCGUGUGCAUGUGCUGAAGAAAUUACAGUUGGUGAAUAACCAAACUCCGAAGGGGUGGAAAAUUAAGCCCUUUAGGCAAUUGUUCCAUGUUUUCCAUCUUUUUCUUCCAUGCGUUGUUGCAAAUAAAAUAGAUGGGAUUUGCUA